AUGUCCCCAGACUCAACCACGUCCCCGUCCCCACACUGCGCCACGUCCUCGCGCUCGGCCACGUCCCUGUCCCCGCGCUCGGUCACCUCCCCGGGCUCGGCCACGUCCUGGCGGUCUCGCGCAGGCGCCGCCGCCGAGUCCGGCCUCAGCUGCUAUCGCUUGUGCGGCACCAGCAGCUUCGUCUGCCGCUGGCCGCCGUGGGGCCCCCCCGGCAACACGAGCUACGAGCUGGUACUCUGCUACGUGCGGCCGCGGCGCUGCCAGCGGUACCCGGCGGGCGGCCGCGCGGCGCUGGCGCUGCCACUGCGCAGCGUCUACGUGCUCACCAACGCCACGGCCUGGGUGGAGGCGCGCGGGGCGGCCCGCCCGCGCCACGGUGCCAACCUCACACUGUACCUGCACGAGGCCGUGAAACUGCAGCCGCCGGCCCUGGGCAGCAGCUGGGGCAAGGCCGGGGGCCGCCUGCGCCUGCGGCUCCCGCGCCCGCGGUGCCACGAGGGGCCGCGGCCGCUGCAGCGCGAGGCCCGGUACCGGCGGCCGGGCGAGCACACGUGGACACGGGUGCCGUGUGAGUCAGAGCGGGUGGAGAACAGUGAGGAGGAGGCAGUGAGCUGCACACUGCGGGCACGCGCCGCGCUGGAGCUGCAGCUCCGCCACAAGCCGCCGCACUGGAGCAGCUACUGGAGCGAGUGGAGCGAGUCCUUAGCGAUGCCCGAGGAGCUCGUGGAGAGCCCGGUCGCGCGCUACGAGCUGGGACGCCUGGGCGCCGACGGGCAGCGCGUGCUGCGGCUGGCCUGGCAGCCGCCGCGCACUGAGCAGGGCCCCGUCACGUACACGCUGCGCGCCCGCAUGCUGCCCUGCCGCUGCGCCCAGCCGCCCGCCCAGGAGCGCCUGCUGCUGCUGGACGCCGCGGCCGCCGGCCACAACGUGACGCUGAGCGGGGCCGCCUACGACGUGGCGCUCACGGCCACCAACGCCGCCGGGCCGGGCCCCGCCUGGCACCUCCACGUGCCGCCGGAGCCGGCCGCAGGUAGCGCGCGGUGCCGCGGGCACUGGGGCGGGAUGCGGAUGCGCAGCCGACCCCCGUGUGCGGGUGCAGAGCUUGGCGGCGAGGGCGUCCGCGCGGCCGGCGGCGCCGUGACGGUGCCAUGGGAAGCAGCGCACGCCGGACUCGCCUACUGCUUUGAGAAGCAGCCGCUGGCCGCGGCGCCCCGGCAGGACGAGUGCGUCCGCAGGCAGUUCCCGGCCAGGAGCCUCCACGUGGAGACAGGGCUGCUGGCGGAGCAGGGCUGCUACCGGCUCGCUGUGCACGGCUGGGCACAGGAGCGCGGCUGGGCCACCUUCGUCCUCACCCACCGCUACGUAGGUAACGCCUCGCUCGCUGCCUCCCUGCGCGUCGACGCCGGCGCCGACUCGGCCGUGCUGCACUGGGAGCCGUCGCCGCGCGCCGCCUGCCCCGGCGCCCUGCACGGCUACCUCAUCUGCUACGGGCACGAGGGGCACAACCUGAGCCAGCUCGAAGCCGCCGCGUCCGCUCGGCGCUACGUCCUGCGCGGGCUGCGGCCGGGCACCGUGUACCGCGUGGGCGUGCGGGAGGUGCCGGCGGAGCCCGGCGCCGCCUGCGCCGCGCGCUGGCGCUUCCUCACCAAGGCGCAAGGUAGCGGCCGCGGGCCCCGGCGCGCACCCGACCUGCGGUACCUGGGCGUCCUGGCGGCGCUGCCCGCGCUGGCGGCGCUCUGCCGCCUGGGCAAGGAGAGGGCCGCCCGGCGCCUGUGGCCGCCGCUGCCGCGGCCGCGCGGCACCGAGGCACUGCACUUCCCGCCCGCCGACGCGGCGCAGGGCUGGUGCCGCGGCGGCUUCGUGCAGCCCUCAGAGCACUGCAGCCGCGCGGAGCUGCUCCUGCCGCAGCCCGCCGCCGAGCCCGGCUCGCCCGGAGGCUCCCGGCGGCAGGAGGAGCCCGAACCGGGGAAGCCGGGGCUGCAGCGGCGCCUCCUGCACGUCGAGGAGGCCGCGGCUCCGCAGAGCGGGGGCGACGUCGCGGCGGCGCCAGGGACGCUGUGA